CCACCUGCGCCCGGAAGUGACGUAUCGACAGCAGCGGUUCCCCGCUGCAUGAUGGGAGAGUGUGUGGAGUGGGCGGGGGUCUCCGCGGAGGAGGAGGAGGCGGAGGCGGCGGCGGCGGAAGAGGGCGGAGGGUAGUGGGAUGGGGGUCCCGCGGCAGCGCUGAAACUCCGGGUGGGCGUCCAUGGCGCCGCGCCGCUGACAGGGCUGGGAGCAGCUCCCCUUCCGCCCUCAGCAGCUCAGCGUCCGAGUAACCGGUCCUUCCCCCGGGGAGCCAGUUCCUCCCCGGGCCGCCAAGCCAUGCCCAUCGCGGCCGCCCGGGACGAGCCAGGCAUAAAUUAAGUGCUGGAAAGCUGCUGAAUAAUGGAGCCAGACAUCAUUCGAAUGUACUCCUCAUCUCCCCCACCUCUAGACAACGGAGCAGAGGAUGAUGAUGAAGAUGAGUUUGGGGAAUUUGGUGGAUUUUCGGAGGUCAGCCCUUCUGGUGUAGGGUUUGUUGAUUUUGACACACCAGAUUAUACUCGUCCCAAGGAAGACUUUGUACCUUCAAACCAUUUUAUGCCAAUUCAUGAAUAUUCAGAAAAUGUAGAUAGCCUUACAAGCUUUAAGUCUGUUCAAAAUGGUAAUGAUAAGGAUAUUACUGCUGAACUUUGUACUCCUGUGAAAAGUCACUCUGCUGUCCUUUCUACCACCAGCAAAGACAUGAUCCCCUCUAAAACUUUAGAUACUUCCAUUGAUGGUAUGGAAAACCUGGGAGACUUAGAUAAAGUCGUGGUGCAGGGACCAAGUACCAGGCAACUCAGAAGUUUCUCUCCAGGAGAUUUUAGAACUGAUACGAACAUUGUUCACCAAACCAAGCAGUUGGAGAGCUGCAACGGUGAAAAGCCUCCUUGUCUGGAAAUUCUAACAAAUGGGUUUGCAGGUUUGGAAACUGUAAAUCCUCAGGGAACAGAUGACCUGGACAAUGUGGCAGAUUCAAAGGGAUCGAAGCCUCUUAACACUUGUGGCACCGAGUGCAUUUUAGAGUCUGCAGGUAGUCCUGCUACGGAAUUUGCAGAUUUUUCUACAUUUUCCCAAACAGAAAGGACACAACUAGAAGAAAUAGAAUGUGCAGUUUUAAAUGAUGGUGAUGCACUGACCAUUCAGGGAAACAGCAAAAGCCACCAAGUCGAGGAGCUGAAUUGUAUGGAAAAAGUGACUUUGGGUGGAAGCUUUGAGGAUACAGGGGACACUGAAAGAGAACAUCAGGUCUGCAUCUCAGAAUUCCAUGCCGUAGCUGACAGAGGGCUCAGUGCUGAAAAACAAGACCUUCAAACACUGCAACAGGAUGAGUGUCUAAAUUCAAGGAUUCAGUCUAAGGAUUGGAGCUUAGUGGACUCAAAUGAAAAUUCAGAAGCCAUUAGGAAGGAACGGUGUAAAACUGAGGAAAAUGACUUAUUUGCCUCUAAGUGUGCUGAUUUAUCCAUGGAUUCUAUUAAAACUUCUCAUGUUAAUGAAAUUGGUUCUUCUAAAGAAGAAAAUAGAAAGUUGACUAAUCCCAAAAGCCCAAACCCUGAUCCCACAGAAGAAAAUGUUUUGGAUGAUUCUGCUGCAAGCAUGAAAAAUGGUGACAGUGCUAACGGCUUUGUCACUUGCCAUAAUACCAAUGAGGAUGAUUUUGGUGACUUUGGUACAGCCAGUGGCACCACUCCACCCUUUGUUACCAGUACUCAAGAUUCAAUGAGUGACAUCACUUUUGAAGACUCCUCAGAGCAUUUUCUACAUUUUAGUGAGCCAGGUGAUGAUUUUGGAGAAUUUGAGGAUACAAAUGCUGUUUCUUGUCAAGAGGAAAUGAUAUUCACUGAGUCAGACCUAAGACAGACUUCUGACGGCUUAUCAGAGGAAUGUCCGCUGGCAGGACAGUCUGGUGGAAAAGACAGGGAAUCUGACUCAAAACUGAAAAAUGGUCAAGACAGUGAAUUUGGAGAUUUUGAUUCUGUGCCAAAUACUCAAGGUAGUGCUUUUCAAGACUCAGAUGAUUUUGCAGACUUCAGUUCAGCAGGUCCUAGCCAAGCUGUAGAUUGGAACGCUUUUGAGGAUGAACAGAAAGACGGUUGUUCUUGGGCUGCCUUUGGGGAUCAGCAGGAGACUAAAUCUCAUCAUCGAAAGGAAGUCUGGCAGUCACAUAGGACAGAUGAAACUAUGGGCACUCUGGGAACCCCUAAGACGCACAGUGUCUCUUCAGCAGCUUCCAAAGGAACAAUUGCUAGUGGCCAUUUGCAGGAACCAGCCACUUCAGUUCAGACAGCUUUACUCAGCCGGUUGGAGAGAAUUUUCGAAGCCUGUUUUCCUUCUGUAUUUGUCCCCGAUGCCGAAGAGGAAGUUACUUCCCUGAAGAACUUGCUGGAAAGAAACAACUCACCAGUAAAAACAAGAGAGGCCUUAGCUGAACAUGGUGAGCUGAGGGAUGUAUGGACCGAACUGCAGGAUAUUCAUGAUGCACACGGUUUGCGAUACCAGUGGGGUGGCUCACAUAGCAACAAGAAGCUUUUGUGCUCCUUGGGAAUAGACACUCGAAACAUUCUGUUCACUGGCAAUAAGAAGCAGCCUGUUAUAGUGCCCAUGUAUGCAGCAGGAUUGGGUAUGUUAGAGCCUACCAAGGAACCAUUGAAACCACUAUCUGCUGCAGAAAAAAUUGCUUCUAUUGGUCAGACAACCAUUAUGACACCAGAAAUGAACACGUGUACAUCUGAUCCAUUCCAGGAGUCUCUCCCACCUGUCCAGUUUGACUGGAGUAGCAGUGGCCUUACUAACCCUUUAGAUGCUAGUGGAGGUUCCACUCUUCUGAACCUUGAUUUCUUUGGGCCCGUGGAUGACAGUAGCUCUAGCAGCAGCACAAUCCCAGGUGUGGAUCCAGAGUUGUAUGAGUUAACAACUGCUAAGCUGGAGACCUCCACCUCAAGCCUCAGAGUGACUGAUGCAUUUGCGAAGCUCAUGUCUACAGUGGAAAAGACAAGCACGUCGACCAGGAAACCAAAAAGAGAGGAACACCUAAGUGAAGAAGCCGUGAAGGUGAUUGCCAGCCUUCCCGAUCUGACCUUCAUGCAUGCCAAGGUGUUGAUGUUCCCAGCCACACUGACACCUUCCACAAGCUCCCAAGAACAAGCAGACGCAUAGCUGUUUGAAUCGGACAAUUUUAAAAUCCUCUGUCCUUUCCUCCAUCCCUUCCCUACCAUCAAAAGCAUAUCUGCUGUAAUUUAAAAAUAAAAACAUUCAAGUUCAGCUGAUUUGUUGGUAAGCCACACUAGAAAGGUAUACAUAGUAAUGUAUAUUUAUUUACAUACUGAAGUCCUAAAUUUAUAUUAGAAAAAAAUGUAAAUAAUUGGGGAUGAACAUUUUUGAAGAUUUAUUCUUUUGUGUUGCUGGGGUGUAUACAUUUAUGUCUUUGUGAAAUACACUGGUGGUGUCCUUCUUAAAAACUUUUGAAAUAAAAAAAGAAAAUUAAAACCUCAAAUCUCCACUGUCUGAAAUCCCCUUCAGUCUUUUCCCUUUGCACUGACAGCUUAAUUUCCCUGUCCCAUGGUCUGCUACUUUUACUAUCACAAAAAAGCUUCAGAAUUCUUGUUUGAUUUUCAGUUUUGUGUGUGAUGGGUUUGAUUUAGACCUGGCUUUUGUUCAAUUUCCUGGGUUUUGUUUUCAGUCUUUUCACCAGGCAUAUUGCUGUGUGACCUUCUCAGAGGUCACUCCACCAAUGCUCACUGGUUGUGGGGUGUGGAUCACUGUCAGAAUGUGAUUGGGGGCUUGAAAGAGAAUGCCUGUUUUAAUUGGUGUGAUUUGGAGAAGGACCAAAUUAUAUGAAUGUCUUAAAUGAAAUUUGUCGAGAUCUUCCUGUUCUGUCAUACCACUAUUUUUUGAGGAUUUUGCACAGUGUAAAAUGACAUAAUCAUAGAUUGCUAUGGUUUAGGCUGUAUAUACAGUAAAAAACAAAAAAACUAUGGGUUUUAAAUGUUUGGGGAAAUUCCUAUGGAAAAAAAGAGAGAUGUAGAAGAGCCUCUAACCAGGUUAACGUGCAUGCCCAGGGUUUCUGAGAUUUCAGUGUGUAAAUUUCCUUUUAGCUUAUACAAUAAUAAAAUAAUUUAAAAGAAA